CUUAUCGGAGAGAACAGACGGUAUUUAUGCGGUGGCUAGCAGCGGCUGCCUCAAUAUUGAAAAGAAUGAAUAGCGUGUUCUUAACAACUCUGUUAUUCGGCCUUUGUUGUGGGUCUCUACAGCCAGGUAUCAAACUAGACACAGAGAAGAAUCAACUGAUACUGACCUUUCCAAAUGUGCCUGGUGUUGAUGCGAUUGAAUUGUCGUACGCUCUCCAUCUUCUGACGAAGCAGGCACGGUUGCCGGAAUUGACCAACAUCGUUCGAGUGCACAAACAAGCUGAUGGAUAUUUCACUUACAGAGUUCAAAGCAAGAACGCGUUCACUGACAAGGAUGUGCUGGAAUAUUCAGUAAAAUAUUUGUCUGCUGCCGGAGAUGUUCUUCAUCAUCUUAAUGAUGUAUACAUCAUCCCACCUGCAUCAUCGCUCAGUCCUCGACUAUACAGGCGUGGCACGACCGUCCUUUUAGACGAAUUUCACCUUCACCAUCUCGACACCAACAAAUGGAAACAUGAAAUCACUUGCAGGGGAACUGGGGGGGGUCAGUUCCAAAUGUUCACACCAGAAGCUGCCAACAGCUAUGUCAAAAACGGCGUUCUCUACAUCAAACCGACAUUUACAGUAGACAAUUUUGGAGAAAAGUUUCUUCACAAUGGCGUUCUUGACGUUGCCAAGCAAUGGGGAACCUGUACAUAUCACAGUGACAAUGGAUGCUACCGCCUUGGAUCCAAUAACGGAAUUGCACCUAUCAUGUCAGCAAAACUCUAUUCAAAAGCUUCCAUAACCUACGGAAGGGUGGAAGUUGUUGCAAAGUUACCUAAAGGGGAUUGGUUAAAACCAGCAAUAUGGAUGCUUCCUCCCACAAGACCUUGGAAGUAUGGGGGAUGGCCAGAUUCCGGUGAGAUAGACAUUAUGGAAGCAAGAGGGAACCUCGACUUCAAGGACAGCAAUGGCAAUGACCAUGGCGCCCAGUACCUUCGCUCCACACUUCACUGGGGUGUUUCCGAUCAGCACCGAAGUAAAGGAUAUGGAAGGAAAAGUGCACCUGGGACAGUAUGGGCUGACGAUUUCCACACGUACUCCGCUGACUGGACAGCUGACCACAUAAGAUUGUCUGUGGACGACCAUCCAGUCUUGGCGUGGUCAACACCUUCCCAAGGCUACUGGUCCUACAGUCACCUGACCGGGCACAACAUCUGGGCAAGCGGAGGUAAAGAUGCUCCCUUUGAUGGAAAGAUGGGUCUCAUCCUCAACGUCGCUGUCGGCGAUGACGUCUACUUUUCCGAUUCGUGGCAUAACCGUAAUGGAAAACCUUGGAAGAAUGGAUCACCUACAGCCAUGGUGGACUUUUGGAAGAACAAGCACCAGUGGCAGCCAACCUGGCAUGAUGAAGAUGCCGCCAUGAAGAUCAGGUCCGUCAAGAUGAUACAGUAUUAGAUCGGAUCUGAGAGGCUCAAGAAGAUGUCCUUGAGUCCAAAUAAUCCAAACAUUUGGAAUAAAAGGCUUCUAUUUCGGAAUACAGUUUUAAAACUCGCCAGACUUCAAUAAAUUCUCUUGUUGUGACAA